AUGGCUGCGGCUGCGGAAACGUUUGGGGAGGAAACCAAACGACACAUGAUACACUGUCUCCCCAACACUGCAGAAUCGGCCAUUUGCAUUCCCAAAAUGCCAUACAGUUUGCGAUCGGAUGUCACGGCCAAGCUCCAGCAAUUGGAGCACCUUGUAUGUUUGGAGAUUUUCAUUCCAGAGGAGGGUUGUCGGGAGUGGGUGGACACGAUUGGUGAGAAGGUGUUUUCUGGACAGCUGCAGACUCUGUUCCUCCACCUCAACGGUGCACAGCCAAAUGACUCGUUGUUCCCACUCUUUGAUGACAUUGCUGCAGCAGGAAGUAGUGCAUUGGCUCUGACAAAGUUUGCUGUUUUGGGACAAAAGAAGCACGCCUCGCUCUACCAAGAUCGCAUGAUUGAAAUCCUGCAAUCCAAUACAACGUUGGAAGAUGUGUACGUUGGACUAUGGGGCGUUGCUCGGGAUGAAAAACAGCAAUUGAUUUCGUACUACGCAAACCUGAACAAGUAUGGUAGGGGACUGGCACGAGACCCCCGCAAGCCUUUGCGGGAUACUGUCAAAAUGUUGAGAAAGUUGGGAAAGGUCAACGGUGAGUUGGAUGCCGCAAUUGGCUUUCGUGCUUUAUGGGAUUUUGCGGGAAGCACCCGGAGCAUGGAUUGA